AUGGCCGAUCCGACGCCAAGACCGAUGCACAUGCUCGAUGUGGCCGACAUUGCAGCAUCCUCUUACAAUCCAUCGGCACUCUCUCAUCUGCCGCGCCCAAUCCCCAAAGACUUACCUCGCGGCUUUGAUUCCACAGUAUUCACAUUUAACGAUGCCUUUGAAGACCUCCUCGAGGUAUCACGCGGCAACGCACUGCCGUCCAUUCAGACCCGCUAUGACCAGAGUCGCCUCCUGAAGCGCAUGUACCCCGACGGCGAGCCAACUUGGUUUUGGGUGCAGCGUCUUCAAUCCCAGGGGCUCGUGGAUAUCCCGUCACCGUGGAUCCAGCCUAUGAUCUCAGGUGCAAACUGGGAUCGCCUCCACCGUGAAUUGGAACAAAGGGCCGGCGAUGUUUGGCGCAAUUUGCGAAGUGCCUGGGACGCCGAGGCGCAGAAACGUCCAUCAACAGAAUCAGACAAGACGAAGACGACAGAAAACUGGUGGGGAGAUAGGGAAUCCAUCAAGUUCUCAGAAGGCGAAAAGAAGGGUCCGAAUGACUUUGAUGAACUCUUCUCAUGGGUCCAAUCUGGCGUGAAGCAAGCCGAGUCGGGCUUCAAUACCUUUGUCAAGACAUUAGAUGGCAGAGGCCCUCAAGGCAACACUGACGACCUCAACACCAAGAGGGUAGAAACCACAGACGAGCAUGUCGACAGAUUUGGCUACGUUCACACAACACGCAAGGUUAAAAUCAUUGACAGUGAGGGCAAGGAAAUCGGGACCGAGAUAUACAAAACUAUUAAGCCUGCAAAGAACGAUGAGACAGAGAGCUCCACGGGGACUAAAGACAAGGAGAAUUCAAACUCGAGAUGGGGGAGAUAG